CGCUCUUUGUUCGUCAACCCCCAAAUUAUCGUCCCCAAAACAAGAACUGCUGAGUCAGUGUGUAUCAAUCCGCGGGUAACUCUGUCGCACCCCCAUCCCCCAAAGAUACACACAUACAAACGGUGUCCUCCCACCGUCGGAUCUCUCACCGUACACAAUGUCCGGGAACCACACGCGAAUUGAAGGUCACAUCAAUACGAAACAUUGCGUAUGUGUGUGUCUAACGCCGCCUAUCCGGCCAUUUUUAAUAACAAACAGCGCAAAUGGGUUUCGGACAACAUGCCGCUAUUAGUUCUGGACAACGCGUUCGACGGAGCGGACGCAACAUUGGUCAUCAAAUAGCUGAAUUAGAAACAAGACAAAGCUUUUGACAUCAAGACGAUCAACAGAAGCGGGCUUUUGAGAGAAGACGCAAGACGUGUACUCGAAAGUACUACAAAAUGGAGGUGAAUUUAGUGCUAAUGAUUGGAUUUGUAUCGCUGCUGGUGGCGCUCUAUGUCUACCUGACGAGCAACAAUAAAUUCUUCGAGCGAUUCCCUAUACCAUGCUUGCCAGUCGAACCGUUCUUCGGAAGCUGUCGGCGAUUAGUACUGAAGCGGACUUCUUUCAAUGAAUUUGUACGCUCCAACUAUGAAGCAUUCCCGGACGCGAAAAUGUUUGGAAUGUUCGAGAUACUGACGCCAAUGUUUGUCAUACGCGAUCCGGAGUUGAUCAAGCGCAUCACGGUGAAAGAUUUCGAUCACUUUAUCAACCAUCGCCCGCUAAUAUCGGCAGACAGUGCGAAUUCGGAAGGGUCUACCGUCAUGUUUACGAAAGCACUGUUCAAUCUGCGCAGUCAGAGAUGGCGUGACGUGCGUACCACCCUCAGUCCCACGUUUACCGGCAGAAAGAUGCGACAGAUGUUUACCAUGAUUGUGGAGUGCAGCGAAAAUAUGGUGCAAGCACUGGCCAACCCAGCAGGGCAGGAGUGUGAGAUGAAGGAUCUUUUCAUCCGCUUCACGAACGACGUUAUUGCGUCCGUGGCAUUUGGCGUCCGCAUCAACUCGUUCCGUGACAAGGAGAACGUUUUCUUCCGGUACGGGAAAGAUCUGUCUAACUUUAGCCGGUUGCAUGUGAUACUCAAGAUGAUGGGAUACCAGGUGUUUCCGAAGCUUAUGGGAUGGCUGCAGAUGGAUAUAUUCGACCGGAAGCAUGUCGAGUUUUUCACCGAACUAUUCAGGCAGUCGGUUAAGGAAAGGCAACAUCAUGGCACCGUACGUCCCGAUUUGAUUCAUCUACUGAUGCAAUCGAGUAAAGGAACGUUGCGACACCAGCCAAGCGAAGAGCCCGAAGAAGUAGAGAGCUUUGCGACGGCGAAAGAAUUGAACGACGAAAAGAUCCUUCCAAAACACCCAGUAAUGCUCAGUGAGGGUGAGAUGGUAGCUCAGUGUUUCCUGUUCUUCUUGGCCGGUUUCGAUACGCUCGCCACCGCAAUAUCGUUUCUGGUGUACGAGGUAACGAUAGCGUCCGACAUACAGGAACGGCUGUACGAAGAGGUCAAACAAGUGUCGGAGUCGUUGGAAGGAAAAUCGCUCACCUACGAUGCUCUACAAGGCAUGCGCUAUAUGGACAUGGUUGUGUCGGAGACACUGAGGAAAUGGAAUCCAGCCCCAGGUACCGAUCGUGUUUGCAAUCAGGACUAUACGGUUCCAGGAGAUCCGGACAUCAUUAUUCCCAAAGGUGCUAGCGUAUUUAUUCCGAUUGCUGGACUACAUUUCGAUCCGCAAAUCUAUCCCGAUCCAGACCGCUUCGAUCCGGAGCGUUUCAACGCAGAGAACCGACAGAAGAUUCCACUCGGAGCGUAUCUUCCGUUCGGAAUAGGACCCCGUAACUUCAUCGCAUCCCGAUUCGCGUUGAUGGAGAUCAAAGCGGUCGUAUACCAUUUACUGCUGAACUUCGAGUUUCAGCGCUCGGAACGUACAACUGUUCCGAUCGAAGUUGCAAAAGGGUUUACUCCGUUGAAACCGGAAAAAGGAAUCUACCUGCAGCUCAUCCCAAGGAAAACGAACUGAUGAGCAGCUUUUCAUACACGCUUUAGAAGCACUAACGCAAAAUUUGUAAUCUCUUAUGGCAUCCUCUAUGUAAUUGACAAUAAAGCAGCAAUUGCACUGUUCAACGGGAUUCUCAAGCCCGUAUAAAGCAUAAGAAGUA